AUGAAGUUCGCUCUUGCUGCUCUCGCCCUCUUUGCGGCUCCCAUCUUCGCCGCCCCAGCUAACCCCCCUAACACCGGUGAAAUUGUCACUGAUCUCGGCCCAGAGGUCAAGGACAUCCUCACCGUCACCGGCACUGACUCAAAGGAGCUUCUUAUCCAGCUCUCUCCCGAGGUCGCCACCCUCGUUUCCAGCCUUGGUCUACCCAGCGUUGGUGUUCCCCUCGGCUCCGUCGUCGCCACUGCCUCUAGUGUCGGUGAUCUCCUCAAGGAAUUGGGCCCCAACACCGAGGGUGCCGUCGUCGUCACUGGCGAAGACGCCAAGAUCCUCCUUGUCCAACUCAGCCCAUCUGUCGCCUCUCUCGUUGCUGGUCUUCUCCCUCCUCUCGCCGUCCCCGUUGGCCAAGUCGUCAACACUCUCGGAGAUCACGUGAAGCGUGCUACUGGGACUGGCAAGCUCCUCGCCGACCUUGGUACCCAGGUUGAUGGUGCUCUUACCAUUGCUGGCCCUGCUACCUCCACCCUCCUUGUCCAACUUUCUCCUGAACUCACUGCUCUCGUCAGCGGUCUCGGUCUUCCUCCCGUCGGUACCCUCGUCGGUUCCGUCGUUGCAUCUGCUAGCUCCGUUGGUGCUCUUGUCACUGAACUCGGUCCCGGUCUUGAUGGUCUUCUCAUUGUCGUUGAGCACGGCGCUGAGUAUCUUCUCAUCCAGCUCUCCCCUGUUGUCUCUGGUCUCCUUUCCGGCCUCGGUCUCCCUGCCCUCGGCGUUCCUCUCGGUGUCGUCGUUGACGAGGUUGCUUACCACCUUUAA